AUGCCUUACUUCGAGGUCCACCACUCUUACCCGCUCACCAGCGAGCAGCAGCAGGAGAUAGCUUCAGCCAUCACCAAUCUACAUGCCACCACCUUUACCACCCCAUCUUUGUUUGUUCAUGUGCAGUUUACAAAAUCAGAUGAAAGUGGCAGCACCGUUCAUUUCAUGGCCGGAACUCGUCGCUCUGCGCAGACAAAUCGCAUUAUCGGCAUCGUUCGCACCUCAGCCAAGCGAACAAAAGCAGACUUUGAUCGACUCGCGAAGCGUAUUGAAAAUAUCUGGUACUCCGCUCUUGGUGUGAGAUUCGACGAAUCUACCCAGCAGCUUCCACCUAAUGAAGAGGGAAAGAGACUUGCCUUGGUGGGAUUCACCCCAUUACUGCAUGUCCGUGAGUGGGGCUUGGGAGCUCCUGAGGCUGGAAAGGAAGGCGAGUGGAUGAAAGAACUGCUUCCUUAUAUGCAGAGAAUUGCUGAAGCUGGAAAUAAGGAUGUGGCCGGUAUGUUGAAAGAGUUUGAGGAGAGGGAGGACUUGAAGAAGCUUCUCGAGUAA